AUGUCCCCAGCCGUUGUGCAGACGCUCAUCUUGAGUCAAAGGAGUCACAAAAGAAAGCCGCCUCUGACAAAUUUCGCCAUGAAUAUGUAUGAUGAUCAGAUCACGGCUAUAUUGGGACUAUCAGAUUCGGGGAAAUCCGCCAUUACCAAUUCCAUUUCGGGCAGCAUUCCCCCCCAGUCGGGAUCGGUAAAAAUUGACGAUAGAGAUAUUGCGAGAUCGACCAGAACUCUGGUGGGACUCUCGCCACAGCAUAAUCCAUUAUUUGCCAAUUUGACCGUUAAGCAGAACAUGUACAUAUUCUAUGCUCUGCGGGGCACUAGCGCACAUGGAAGAGUACGUGCCACGGCCAGGUAUUUGAAAGCCCUCGAGCUCUGGCAAGUUAGGGAUGUGAAAGGCCGUUGCUUAUCCACGGCCGACAGGAGGAGAUUAUCUGUGGCCUGUGCCUUUUGUGGCAAUCCGCGGAUUGUGGUAUUAGAUGAACCCACCGAGAGCCUGGAGCCCUGUGAACGAAGAUUGGUGUGGGAUCUGUUACAAUCGGAGAAACGAUGUAGGACUUUAAUUAUCACAACUUACCAUAUCGAAGAGGCUGAUGUUCUCGGCGACCGUUUGGCUAUUCUAUGCGAUGGUAACCUGCUGUUCAAUGGCACUUCCACCUUUUUAAAAAACACGCAUGGUUCUGGAUAUCAGUUGGUAUGA